UAAGGCCAACUGAGAGCGCUGCCAAAACCAUUAGCUGUCGUCCGUGUAGGGUUUCCCUUUUUACUUCUAAUUUUCUCUCUUCCGUCACAGGCGCUGCUAAAAUAUGGAGUCAAGCGGCGGCAAUGCAUCACGAAUCCGUCGCGAAAUCGAAGCUCUGAAGGACGAAAAAGCUCGGAUAGAGCAAAAGAUUUUAGAGCUCGAAAAUCAGCUCCGAGAAGAAGUUUCAUUAGCACCUCAGCAGCAGGAAAACGAAAGCGUCUGCGAUGGGUGUUGUCCUUCACUGUCCGCCGCUGAUGCCAAUCUGGCUCACGGAUUGACGGCGGGUAGUAUUUACCGUUACAGUCGCCAUCUUUUGCUCCCUUCUUUUGGAGUCCAAGCGCAAUCAAAUCUCUUGAAGUCUUCAAUAUUGGUUGUUGGAGCUGGAGGUUUGGGUUCACCGGCUCUAUUAUAUCUUGCUGCUUCUGGUGUUGGUCGCUUGGGAAUCGUUGAUCAUGAUGUUGUUGAGCUUAAUAACAUGCAUAGACAGGUUAUUCACACUGAAACAUAUAUUGGUCAGCCUAAAGUGAAGUCUGCUGCUGCAGCUUGUCAAUCGAUCAACUCCACUAUACAGAUUGUCGAACAUGAACAAGCUUUACGCACAUCUAAUGCUUUGGAAAUUAUGAGCCAAUAUGACAUAGUAGUGGAUGCAACAGACAAUGCUCCUAGUCGUUACAUGAUCAGUGAUUGCUGUGUUGUGUUGGGAAAGCCUCUAGUAUCCGGUGCUGCACUAGGAUUGGAAGGGCAGCUGACUGUAUAUAAUUACAAAGGAGGUCCGUGCUAUCGAUGCCUAUUUCCAAUGCCACCUCCUGCAACUGCUUGUCAAAGAUGUUCGGAUAGUGGUGUUCUAGGAGUUGUUCCUGGAAUUAUUGGCUGCCUUCAAGCUCUAGAAGCCAUUAAAAUAGCAAGUGAUGUCGGUGAACCACUUUCUGGGCAGAUGCUUCUUUUUGAUGCGCUGUCAGCUCGAAUUCGUAGUGUCAAAAUAAGAGGCAGGUCACCCCAAUGUGAAGUUUGCGGAGAAAAUACAACAUUUAACCAACAGCGUUUCAAAGAUUUUGACUAUGAGAAGUUCACUCAAUCGCCAUUGUCAACGUCUCCACAAAAGCUGAAAUUACUCACCCCGGAAUCUAGAAUAACCAGUAAGGAGUACAAAGAGAGGGUCGUAAGUGGGGAACCGCACGUUUUAGUGGAUGUGCGACCAGAACACCACUACAAGAUAGUUUCUCUUCCCAAGUCAUUGAACAUUCCACUGACGAGCUUAGAGGCUCGGGUGCCCGAGAUUUCUUCUGCACUUAAAGGGCAAGAGGAGGGCGGUGGAUCGGGAGCCAACCUGUAUGUAAUAUGCAGAAGAGGUAAUGAUUCUCAAAGGGCUGUCGAAUGCCUCCAAAACAUGGGAUUCGAUUUAGCCAAGGAUAUUGUCGGGGGACUCGAGUCAUGGGCCAACGAUGUUGAUCCCAAUUUUCCUAUGUAUUAAGUAGGAAAGGUGUUUGUGUUGUAACACCAUUGGUUCUUUGUUACUGUUUUAAGAAUUUCAAUCCCCGCACCCUUUUUUCUG